UGAUUGGCCAACGGGCCGGACAGCCUGUAUCAGUAUAUAAGCUGAGGCUGCAGCUCCGAGCGGCUGCUGUACAUUUGCGUUGCACAUGUGCGGAAGAAGAAAGCGGUGACAUGACUGAGUGAGAGGCAGUCGCCAGAAGAAAGCAGACUAACCCACGUCCACUUCUCCUCUGGAAGGAUCCUGAAGCGGCUAGGUACCGGGACGUUUCUUUGAAAUGGAUCUUCAUGAUAGCAAGAUUCUCCCUGGAGAGAUUUUGCCUGUGGUGAUAAUUGGUAAUGGCCCAUCAGGAAUCUGUCUGUCAUACCUGCUGUCAGGUUACACCCCCUACUUGUCUCGUGAGGCAUCGCAUCCCAACCCACUGCUGCACAGCAAGCUGGAAGAGCAACCUCAUCUGGCCCUGUUGGAGCAGGAUCUGGAGUACCUGUGCGAGGGCCUGGAGGGCCGAUCAUCCAAUCCUGUGGCGGUGCUUUUUGAUUCGCUGCUGCUGCCUGACAGUGACUUUGGAUUGGACCACACCUCUCCGUUGGAAUGGAGAUAUGAGCCGGAGCGUGCUAUACCUCACUUGGUGCUGGGGAAGGGUCCACCAGGAGGAGCCUGGCAUGCUAUGGAGGGCUCCAUGCUAACUUUGAGCCUGGCUAACUGGAUGGAGCUUCCUGGACUCAAACUGAAGGAUUGGAUGAGAGAGAAACGCAGAAAUGUACGAAAUGACCGCGCCACACCAGCAGAGAUAGCGUCCUACUAUGAACACUAUGUUUCCCAGAUGUCUCUGGAGCAAAGCUUUGCCUGUGGGACCACCGUUACCUCUGUCACCAGGCACCCCAGCAACCCAGACGGGUCGCCAAGCUGCUGGAGAGUAACGGGACUACAGCGACGAGAGGGGGAGGAGCUUGGAGAUGGUUCCUGUGUUUCUGAGGAGGUGCCUUUCUCCAUAUUGGCCCACAGCGUGGUGCUGGCCACAGGCACACACGAUAUCCCUGCCAAGCUCAGCGUGGAGGGUGAGUCCCUACCCUUUGUCUGCCACUCUUUCUGGGAGCUGGAGGCAGCCAUCUCCCGUGGUGAGCUCGAUCAGUCGUCUGACCCCAUACUGGUGGUGGGUGCGGGGCUUACAGCAGCCGACGCUGUGCUGGCUGCCCACCAUCUCAACACACCCGUCUACCAUGCCUUCAGGAGAUCAGUCACUGACCCUGGCCUUAUCUUCAACCAGCUGCCUAAACUGCUUUACCCAGAGUACCACAAGGUUCACCAGAUGAUGACUCAGCAGCAGCACCAGACGAGUCCUCAGCCUCAGAACCACGCCCAGAACUACCAUCCCCACUCCACCCCUUCUUCUCCUUCUGUCCCUUCUCCUUCCUCCCCUACCACCACCACCUCACCGUCCUCACCUUCCUCCUCUUCCUCCUCCUAUCCAGGUUACCUGAGCUUUCCACGCCACAGGGUUGUGGCAUUCCGACCUGACCAGAAGUGCGUGCUGGAGUCGGACUCUGGUGAGCGGGUGGUGGUCGAGGUCUCCAAGGCGUUGGUUCUGAUCGGCGCAAACCCCAAUCUUUCCUUUCUGAAAGACAACGGCCGCGCACUUGGUAUCUAUCCUGAGGAACCAAUCACGUGCCGGAGGAACCCCAUCGAGGUGGACCCGUUUACAAACAAGGUGGUGGCUGCGGAGGGGCCGGGCAUGUACGCCAUGGGGCCGCUAGUCGGCGAGAACUUCGUCAGGUUCCUGAAAGGAGGAGCGCUGGCCAUCGCUAGUGACCUCACCAAAAGACAGAGGGAGGAACAGGAGAGAGGAGAAGGAGGUCUGAGCACUAACAGAAUCAUGGACAGAUGGAUGGACAGACAGGUGACCUCCCAGACAGACGCAGAUGUGUGUGUUCUCAACUCAUAGCUGUUUUACUGGGUAAGGUCGAGUGGACGGAAGCAAACUGACCUGUUCUGAUUGAUCAAAAGCCUUGCAGGAUGUCAUAAAUGCGCUGCAGAGGUAUAAUUCAGUUAACAUCUGACUGGCCUUUGGAUCAUCAAAUUGCAACAGUCGAAACUUACAUGUUUACCACCUUGAAAUCCUUCCCAGACUGUAGCUACUGUAUGUAAAUAUAUGAGAAUAUUAAACUUCAGAUUUUAAUGCAGAUUUAUUUUUACAUGAACUCAUAGCAAUAAAUUUUUAAUAAGCAUGUCUUUACCUCCUUAGACCUGCGUACAUAUAAAAUUUCUCCAACUAUUUGGAAUUGGUAGGACAUGAUUUGUACUAAUUUGGCUGUUCAUAGCUUGGCAACUACGUAUGCCAAGCUAUAAACAUUAUAAAGCAUAAACAACCAUAUAAUUUAAUGAUGUUUUGUAUUUUAUCCAGUUUUAUCUGAGCUGUAGAAUUUUUUUUUUUUAACAGAAAAUGCCACAUUUUUGUCUUGAUUAUUAUAUCGUGCUUUUGACACCAGAAGAUGGCACUAAUAAGUUUGCAGUGCAGUGUCUUCUGGGGGUUAAAUGCAGAGAGAGAAGUUUAAAGCUGCUGUCCGGAGUUUCUGUUUGUUUUCAAUUUAUGUAUCAUUUUUUAACAAAGCUUAAAUGUGUUAGUCUAGUUCGAUACUAUAACAUAAAGUUAGUAUAACGCGAUAUGAAAAUUUAUUCCUGAGCUCCGCCUUCCUCUCAUAGACCCCCAUGUUAUUCCAAAAAGCGCCGGUUGCUGCCGACCAAUCAAGUUCGAGCUUCAGCUUUGUCAUGCUGUCAAUCAACGGUUACACGCACAGCAAGCAAGCCCAUGCAGAGGUGGGCGAGCUACGCACUACGCAACCGCGCGCACAUUUGUUUUGCUUGUGGAGGAGAGAGCAUCAGGGCUCAGCAACUUCCAGAAAAGUUACCAAUCCCACGGCUUGUCAGGCCAAGAGACUGCAGGACGUUUUUUGGCUCGGGGUGCUCGCGUUGCUCCCCGACCACGGCCUCCAUAGCCCGGCUGACGCCUUCGUUUAGAUGCCGUGGUCGGGGUGCUCGCCUCGCUCCCCGACCACGGUCUCCAUAGCCCGCCUGACGGCUUCGUUUAGAUGCCCGACCUCUGGAGGAAGAUGUUGGGGCGUCUGGGACAUACUCUUCGUCAGAGGAGUCAUGCAAUUCUGAACUCUAGAUAGAAAUAAAUAAACAAUGUAACACAUAUACACGCGUAAAUGCACUAAGUUUGAUAAACAACGUCAUCGAGAGGGAUACACGAGUGUAAUCACAUAUUGAAACUUUACUCGUUAGUCUUAGCAGAGUCAUGUUAUUUUGGUAUUAGGACAAGUUAGACUCAAUACAGCAUUCUAACGUAAUUCCUUUAUUAUUUACUGUGACAGGUUCGCUGUCCGUGGGUCCACUUAAUACACACACGCCCUGGUUGUCGAGGGAAUAUUGUUUAUUACUGUACUACUUAAAGUUCUCCGCAGCCCGGUACGCAGCCUCCGCUGCCUCUCCGCUGCCUCUCCGCUGCUCCUCAGUCCAUGCAGCCUCUGCUGUCUCUCCGCUGCUCCUCAGUCCAUGCAGCCUCUGCUGUCUCUCCGCUGCUCCUCAGUCCAUGCAGCCUCUGCUGUCUCUCCGCUGCUCCUCCUGUCUUCUCUGUCCGCCCGACCUUUUAUCCUCCGCUCCGGCUGCUACUGUGGAGAUAAUCAGGUCAGCCAAUUAUCAUCACCUGUGUCAAUUACCUUGACGCUGCCUCCACGCACCCCUCCACACCUCUCUCUCCUGCAGCUGAGCUCUCCCACGCCCAUCGCCACAUUUACUAAAUGUAGAAGAGGGGAAAACAGCAAAACAGGCGAGAUGCUGCAGCACUCCAGGCACUUCUCUCAUGUACUGCGCGCGUGCACAAAUAAAGGGGCGAAAUCAGAGGGAGGGAGGGAGGGUGGGACCACCAGUGUUUUGGGAGACGCUGCGAUUCAAACUCCGGACAGCAGCUUUAAUGCAGAAAUAAGACGGAGAAAUUUAGGGAUGUAAAGUGGGGAAAAAAAUUAUCCUGAGAGCAGCAGCUCAGUUUAGGUCCUCAUCACCCAAAGAGCCUUAAUCACAACACUGACUUUAAGGCUAAAGUAUCAUAUUUCCAAAAAAAUAAGCGGCACUGCAGCUUUUUAACUGCGAGAACUAUGGCCAUAUUUCUGUAGUUUCUUGGGCCUUGUGUGUAAUUUUGUAACACUACAUUGUCCCAAACAGUUAUUUCCUGUUUCUUUCUUUAUAUCAUUUUCUGUGUAUGUUUGUAUAUUAAGGGAUUUCUGAAUCUACUGUGCUUUAUUUUUCUACAUUAAUGUUUUGUUUUUUAAUCAUGUAGCUGUACCUAGCUGGCACCUUUGUACAUCUUUGAUGAUUCUGAAAAUAUUUUAUACAUUACAACAGAGAAAAACAUACAUAUUUUUCUAAAUCUUCUCAGUGAAAAUUUUUAAUUUGCAGGUUUUGUAACAUCAGCGUUUGACAUUGUAAACAAUAACACUGGUUUUAAAGGCUUGUUUGUAAUUGUCUAGCAGUACUAAUGAAUGUCAUUUACACAUUAAUGUACCACUUCUGCAAAUUGCAGUGACACUGAGCCACAUGUGAAUCUUAAUGCUUAAAAUACCCAUUUUCUUUGA